AUGGAGAGGAUCUUGUAUUUGAGACUGGUCUGGUAUAUCGAGUCUAGAAAUAUUCUGCCAGAGGAACAAUUUGGCUUCAGACGAUCUAGAUCUUGUGGAGACAGCCUCUCCAUUUUUGCCUGUGAAGUAAAGGGCGCUCUGGUUAACGAGGAGAAACUUUCAGCCGUAUUCCUCGACAUCGCAUCGGCGUUCGAUAACGUAGACCCGUUCUUACUGCUUGAGGGUAUGAUUCUGGUGGGAUUCCCGCGCAACCUCGCAGUAUUUAUUUUUAAUCUUCUUCGGAAAAGGAAAAUUAAGUUCCUUUUGGAUGGCGAAUUGAGCGAUUCUAGGUUCUCUUUUAGGGGUACCCCUCAGGGAUCCAUUUUGAGCCCCUUACUGUUCAAUAUCUUUAUUAGAGAACUUCCCUCCUGUCUUCCAUUCGGCGUGAGGGCUCUUCAGUACGCCGACGACCUGGUCAUAUGGUCUCGAGGCAGGGAUUCCUUCCAGAUUAUGAAACUUCUUACGGAAUCAAUUGAGCGAUUGGAUUCCUUCUUGGGCAGCCGGGGCCUUGGCCUCUCGGCUUCUAAAUCUCGCGUGAUGCAUUUUUCCAGGGGUGGCUCUAGAACCGACUUGGGUGGUAUUACUUUGGGAGGUGAAACGAUCAGUCCGGCUUCAGCCGUUCGCUUCCUGGGAAUUACUAUUGAUUCUAGAUGUUCAGGUGGACUCCAUUUCGAAAAUACUUAUAAAAAAUGUAGAUCAAUUGUCAACGUCAUUUCUUCCCUGUCUGGGAUUUGGUGGGGAGCUCAUCCAGUUUCUCUCUUGACUAUUUAUAGAUCUCUGCUUCGCAGUGUGAUGGAAUACGGGCAUCAGGUCUUUAUCGUCAGGGGAAACGCCUCAAGAAUGACUCGUCUGCUCAGACUUCAGUAUCGUGCUAUCAGGGCGGCACUUGGAUAUAGAAUCUCCACUCCUAUUAAUGUCAUGCUCGAUGAGGCCAAGGAGCCUCCGCUUUUGUGCAGACUCAAUUUCCUUAACUCUAGGUUUAUUUAUAAGAAUUUGGCCAGGUCUGAGAAUGCAGUCAUACAGUCUCUGCAAGGGGUUGCGUCGGUCUCGUCCUUUGCUAAACGUGUCUGGCUUCUGGAACGUUUGCCUACUCUAAGAGCCUACAUUAAGAACAGAGAUGAUUGUGAACUCAUGUUCACCUCUCCUUCUCUUUCAUAUUUCUCCAGCAGCUAUGAGGGUGCGAUUUUUCGACCAUCAUACCUUAAAAUUUUCAUUCCUAAUUCCAUGGGGCCCCACGAAUCUGCAUCCUUAUUCCUUGACUCUUCGGCGGACUUACGGGAGGGCGCUCUUACAUUUUACACCGACGGUUCCAAGCGAGGGGGUGAGUCGUCGGUUGAAGCUGGAAUUUUUUCCCCGGAAUUGAAUUUAACUAUCUCUUUGAGUUUACCGGCCGGUGCUUCCAUCUUUUCGGCGGAGGCCUGGGCUCUUCUUCGCGCGGCUGAGGUGGCAUUUGAACGCGGCAUAGAUUACAGCAAAAUAUGUUUCUUUUCUGAUUCCAGGAGUGUGCUGGAAGCAGUAUGCUCCUGUAAUCCUUUUCCUCUCAAUUAUAUUAUCUCGCGCAUCAAAGACAUAUUCCAUCAAUUUGCGUCCUCUGAGAGAGCUUUCUAUCUGGUUUGGAUCCCUGCUCAUCGCGGGAUUCUUGGAAAUGAGACUGCUGAUGCUUUGGCUAAGGAGGCGACUCUUCGCCGUCCCGCCCCGGAAUUUCGCAUCCCUUUUACAGAUUUUUUGGUGGAGUCUCGCUUGAACUUGAGGUCUUCCAUGGAACAGUCGUGUGAACUUCCCAGAUAG